CUCGGCCGGAAGUCCUCAACCGGAAGUUUGUGUCCCGUCGGGAAGAGAGCACGGAAGCGUAGCGAGAUGGGAUGCGAUGGCGGCACCAUCCCCAAGCGGCACGAGCUGGUCAAGGGGCCUCGCAAAGCCGUCAAGGUUGACAAAACUGCUGAAUUGGUGGCAAGGUGGUACUACUGCACUCUGAGUCAGGAGAAGUUAUGUCGCCCCAUAGUAGCCUGUGAGCUAGGCAGGUUGUAUAAUAAAGAUGCUGUCAUUGAAUUUUUGUUGGACAAGUCAGCUGAUAAAACUCCCAUGGAAGCUGCGUCACAUAUCAAGAGCAUUAAGAAUGUAACAGAACUAAACCUUGCAGAUAAUCCAGCUUGGAGUGGUGAUAAAGAAAGUAAAAAAGGUGACACGUAUGAUGACAUGCAGUCUGCACGCUUUAUAUGCCCUGUGGUGGGGUUGGAAAUGAAUGGAAGGCAUAGGUUUUGCUUCCUGAGAAACUGUGGCUGUGUGUUCUCUGAACGUGCUCUCAAAGAAAUUAAAACAGAAGUUUGUCACAAGUGUGGUGUUCCCUUUCAAGAGGAAGAUGUGAUUAUCCUGAAUGGUAAUAAAGAAGAUGUGGAAGUACUGAAGAAAAGAAUGGAGGAUAGAAGACUCAAAAGUAAAUUAGAAAAGAAGUCAAAGAAGUGUAAGUCAGCAGAAUCAGCUGCCCAGCAAGUCACCACUGAAGAUUCUGCAGGUCCAUCUAAAGUUAAGAACAGAAAGGACGGCCUUGCCUCCAGCUCUGGGGAGAAGAGACACAUCAUCUUCACCAAAAGUUCAGAUGACAGAAGUUCAUCUGUCCCUGGAAAAGUCAAUAAGGCUUCUACUGCCACUAAGAGAUCCAUUGCAGACAGCGAGGAGAAAUCUGAGGCAUACAAAUCUAUUUUUACAACACACAGCUCAGCAAAACGUCCAAAGGAGGAGUGUUCCAAUUGGGUUACUCACACAGCGUACUGCUUCUGAAACAAUGAUGAGCCUGAUUGUAACCUUCAGCACUGCUUUCCUCCCCUGAGGCUUUUUUGUACAACUCCAAUGCAGAAAGUAACUGAUGUUAUCUGGAAUUCAGUUUGCAAGUUGUUUGUAAACUAACAAAUAGCUAAUGAAUUUGUGUUAGUUGCAACUUCUAUGAAAUAAAAAAUAGGUAACCAGAA